AUGACAGCUCAAGAGGUUUCCCUAAUGGUUAGGCUCAAAAAGCCAAUUAUUAUCUUCUUGAUAAAUAACUUUGGGUACACUAUUGAAGUAGAAAUUCAUGAUGGUCCCUACAAUAAUAUCAAGAAUUGGAAUUAUGCCGCAUUGGUGGAGGCAUUUAAUGCUAAUGAUGGGAAAGCGAAAGGUUUCCAAGUGCGUACUGGGGCAGAGUUAGCUGAUGCCAUAGAAAAGGCAAAUUCAAACGUUGAAGGCCCAACCCUAAUUGAAAUCCAGAUCAACAGAGAUGAUUGUACCAAUGAGCUCAUCACCUGGGGACACUUUGUAGCGUUGGCAAAUGGACGUCCUCCUCGCCUGUCCUCUUAA